AAACAUUUGCCUUUUCUUUUCCUCCAUUCAUUAUCAAUUUAUCAUCAACUUAAUUGGAGCCAGCUCCAAUUGGUUCAUGGAUAUUGAUCACCCUACUAAGACCAUUGGGGGGUUGUUUAAUAUUUUUAGUUGUGGGAUUUUCUUGGAGAUUAAAUUACUAUUCUUAUUAUUACUACUUUUGUUAUGGCAAAAUCACAAGCUCUUCUCCUCCUUAUCCUCGGGCCGCUCUUGAUUACUUCCAUAGUUUUCGUCCGCCGCCAUGAAGAGCUUUCCCGGCCACCGGAGGCGACCAUCCCGGCAAUGGGAAGAAAAACCGGCCAAAUGAAGUCUCCAAGAAGCCGACGAUACUCGUCCACCAUCACAAUUAGAGGUCACCAUUCAAGCAUCAUGGUCUUCAAUGUUUCAUUUCAUGGCGUUCCCACCGGUGCAAAUCCUAUUAAUAACAACAUUGCUGUUGGGGCAGUGAAGUCUCUGCAUUUAUAUUCAUCCCGGUCCCAGUUAGGAGCAGGAACUUAAAAUUUAUGGUAUCAUGAGCAUAAGUCAUCAUAAAGAGAAGAGCACAACGAUCUCUGAAGAGGAGGAAUUGUCUUCCUUUUUAGAAUGUAGUGUUUCUUCAUAUUUGGACAAAAACAAAGUCUUGCUCAAUUAUGCCUCGUGUUUUAUCACCAAUUCAUCUCCCGCAGACCUUGUUUCAGGUGUUUGAAGAUUAGAAGUCGACUCAUCGAUCCCCACAAGUUUUAUUUUUUUGUAAAAUAUUGAAUUAGUUUUAAUUCUUCCCAUUUGUUAAAAAAAAGAAAGAUGUUUUAGAAUAGUGUUUUGAGAAUACAUUUUGUAUUAUGGAUGAUUGAUGUUUCAAAUUGUAAUUAUCGCGAUAAAUAAAUUUUAAGCUUAC